CCUUCUACAGUUUCUUACAUUUAUAUCUUUUCAAUAAUUUUAUUACUAUUAUUAUUUUAUAAGAAUUUGGUAAUGACAGUCGUUAACUGAGUUAAUGAGUAAAUUUAAUAUCGUCAUCUCGCAAAAAUUACUUAUACUGCAAACCAUCCAUCGAUCAGUUGGUAACGACGAGUUGUUGACGUUCGCACGUGCAAAAAUUAUCAAAUGAUAAACUUUACCACCAAACAGUAUACGUGCAACUUCUAGUUACGGCUUGACAGGUGACAGUGUUUGUGUACAUACAAACACCUUUGAUAGUAGCAGUAAAUAUCCCAAGUGACAGACGCCGCCGAAGAUCAAAGAUACUUGACCAAAGCCUGAAAUCUUAUAGUUGGAUUGUUAUUUGUUCGUCGAGUCGUCUGCAGCCUACCAGCAGUUGACAGUUGUGCACGGCAACGUCGCUGCUCGCGGCGCAGAAAGCUCACCUCGAUAAUUCAUAAUAUAUAAUUAUACACAUCAUUUAUAACCUGCAACAAGUAUAAAAACAAGUGCUCGCCGUACUCAAGUAAAUCUCAUGCAACUGUUACAAACUCAGUGUUACAUUGGUUCAGCGCAUUAUUUUUGAGAAUAUUCGCAGUUGAUGUCGGCAUGAGAAGCAAAAUUCAUGAAAUUUAAAAUCUAUCCGCACAACUGCAUCUCGUGCGAUUAUUGGAAUAUGACGUCUGCUCAGUCACGACUCAUGCUGAAAUCUUGAGUGUACAUUUUUUAUAAACCACUUCAUCAGCCAAAGAGGUAGAUAUCUACAUGCCUGGGUUAUAUUUUGGCUGUGGGUGAUUAAAAUGUAUUUCAAUUGUGCCAAUCACCACACAUUAGCGAGCUCGAGAAGACUUUGCUGAUACGAUAUUCGCGAGCUAUAGCUACAUACAUACACCUGUAAUCUAGAGUCGAUUGUCGAGAGUGUCAAGAUACCAGUGGUGCUCGAUCAUCCUCGCAGCUCGCCAAUCGACGACUUAUAAGGCUUACUGAUUAUUUAUCAGAAGUCAGAGAACGAGAAAAAGAGUGAGACAGAGAUGAAAAUGAUCUUAUUGCAUAUUACUGUACUCUGAAUUUACAAUGGCGAACAAUUUCUGUCGCCACUGGCGACUUUGGAUCCUUCCAGUACUGACAUGCCUUUAUGCUCUACUCAUUAUCAUACUGGUUCCAAUUUUAAUAGACAAUUCCAUAAAAAAUGGAUUUAAGAAACAAGAUCAAGGUGCACUGGUUGGAGGGGCAUUUGUUCUGUUGGCUCUUCCAAUAUCAUUCUAUGAAAUCAUUCAGCAUAUGAUUUAUUAUACACAGCCAAGACUUCAAAGAUAUAUUAUAAGAGUAUUAUGGAUGGUACCUAUUUAUGCAGUCAAUGCGUGGCUUGGCUUAGUGUACCCAGAAGGAACUAUAUAUGUGGACAGUAUUAGAGAAUGUUAUGAAGCAUAUGUAAUUUAUAAUUUCUUAAUGUUUUUAUUUGCUUAUCUUAACGCGGAUCAUCAGCUAGAGCAUAGAUUAGAAAUUCAACCACAAAUACAUCAUAUGUUUCCUCUUUGUUGUCUUCCAAAAUGGGAAAUGGGUAGAGAAUUUGUUCACAUGUGUAAACAUGGUAUUUUACAAUACACUGUUGUUCGACCCAUAACAACAAUUAUUUCAUUCAUUUGUGAAUUAAAUGGUGUUUAUGGUGAAAGUGAAUUCAGAGCAGAUGUGGCAUUUCCUUACAUGAUAGCUUUCAACAAUUUAUCACAAUUUGUUGCUAUGUACUGUUUAGUUCUUUUUUAUCGUGCCAAUAAAGAGGCAUUGAAGCCUAUGAAUCCAGUGGGAAAAUUUUUAUGCAUAAAAGCUGUUGUAUUCUUUUCAUUUUUCCAAGGUGUUAUAAUUGCUUUCCUUGUAUAUUUUGACGUGAUAUCAACUAUUUUUGAUACUGAUGACAAAGCUGAUAUUAAAAAUAUAGCCUCAAAACUUCAAGAUUUCUUAAUUUGCAUCGAAAUGUUCCUAGCUGCAGUUGCUCAUCAUUACAGUUUUAGUUACAAAGCUUUUGCAAAUUCUUCACAAAAUCAAGCUUGGUGGGAUGCUUUUAGACAAAUGUGGGAUGUCUCAGAUGUUCAUAAUGAUAUUAAAGAACAUUUAGGAGUAGUAGGUUCGUCGUUGAGUCGACGCAUACGAGGUCGAAGUGUUUAUCAACAAGCGUGGAGUAGUGCAGAUGAACGUACUUCUUUAUUGUCCGAAACAGCAGGUGCUCCGAUCAGCUCCAAAAGUGCACCUGUAGCUUCAUUUUCAGGCUAUCAGGUUUCGAAUUCUGGCGAAGCUUUAGAUGUUAGCCCAGAUGGACCAUCGCCUGGUGGAAGCAAUAGUGUGACGACGUAGCUGAAGCAUCAGCACUUAAACAUUCUCAGUUUCUCUAAUCGAGAAACCACUAGACACCAACUGAUUUUUUCAGUGAGAUUAAUAAUUAGCUAUCAGUAGCUAUUAUUAACUGUUCAUGUUGAUUGUUGUAUGGUUAUUUAAUUCAUUGUAAAUAUUUUUUUCACUUUACUCUAAGUUACAAACGGAGUAUUGUGUGAAAUUUUCUAAAAUAUAAUUUAAAAAGGCUAAUGACUAAAAAGAAUUUGAAAAAAUUUAAACUUAAUUUUUCAUCAUAUUUCUUGUCUCUUGACUUACAUAUGAGCAAUACAUUAAAAAAAUGCUCUUUUUAUCUUUAAUUAAUUUUUUAUGCAAGGUAAAUUUCUUAAUAGCCUUUACUGAUGUGCAAGGUUUUUAUUCAAAGUUUUCAUUUCUUGCAACGCUAAUAAAUUAACUAUAAAUUUGAUGUAA